CAUAGAUUCAGGAGGAUCCCUUUAUUAUCUCAACGACGCGGAAGCGGAUGCGUGGAUGUGCAAGCUGCAACGCUUGAAUCGCGGCCGCCUCCUCUGCUCCUUUCUGAUAUCUUUCGCUGGCGGCUUCUCCUCCGUCUUGCUCGUCUGCUCGCCGAGGUAGGCACGCCUUUUUGUUCCUCCUCCCUACCUGCGACCUCUUGCUUCGAUGCUAGCAAGCAGCAACCGUGGAGAUAGAUGUAUUCUUUCUCGCGCUUGGCCGCUCCUAUUAAUCCGUGGGAGCAGGAAGAUGCUUUCUUGCACGCUGCUGUUAUGAGCAAUUCGUCGAACAGCUUAUGCGCAUCGUGCAAACGGCAAAGCCAAAUCCUGUGUAGUUGAUCCAGCAGACCUCCUUCUCUUUGUUGAAUUCGCUGGUUGUUCUCAACACGUGAACCUCGUCCUUCGACUUAUACUUUGAAAUCUCUGCUUGGACUGGAUGUGAAUCUUGUUCAGAGAAUUAAUUAUGUGACAGCGUGAAGCAGAUAUGGCAGAUUCCCUGUUUGUUGUUCUCAGAAAAGUUGCUCUUUCCCUGGGAGAAAGGGCACUGGAGAGGAUCGGCACGGAGGUGGUCGAAGCAGCACCGAUUUUGACAGAUUUUGAGCAUAGCAUGAAACAAAUUGAGGGCGAGUUCUCGAUUCUGCAGGCAUUUAUUGGCCAGGUUAGUGCAGAGAAAGUUGGUGACAAGGCAUUUGAUGCAUGGUUGGACCAAGUUAGAGAUGUUGCCCAUGAGGUGGAAGACAUCAUUGAUGAGCAUGCUUACCUUACCGCGCAAGCUGUGGUGGAUACGGGCAGCUUCUUCAAGAGAAAGUUCCUUCAGAUCAAGAACUUUGUGGCAUGGCAGAAGUUUCCUAACCAGAUCAGUCAAGUUGAAGCUAGAAUUCAGAGGCUAGCAGAAAUGAGGCAUCGAUAUGGCAUCUCGAUAGGUGAAUUAGACAGGAGAAACAAGUUGCAGCACUCCAAUCAGCUCCCUAUGCCAGAUUCUGCUUACUUAACUGAUAGCUCUGACAUAGUGGGAAAUGUUGAUGAAAUUGGGAGAUUGACACAAUGGCUACUUGAGGAGAAACAAGACCGGACUCUCAUUACCAUCUUUGGUAUGGGAGGUUUAGGAAAAACUACUGUUGCAAGCAGCAUAUACAAGAGUCAAAAGAUCAGAAGAGCUUUUGAUUGUCACGCAUGGGUUACUGUAUCUCAGACUUAUCAAGUUGAAGAACUACUAAGAGAAAUCAUGAAUCAGUUAGUAGACCAGAGAGCAAGCAUUGCAAGUAGUUUCAUGAAUAUGAGUCGCAUGAGAUUAGUUGAGGUAAUACAAAGCUGUUUGCAGGACAAAAAGUAUUUGAUUGUCUUGGAUGAUGUUUGGGAUAAAGAUGCUUGGUUAUUUUUGAACUCUGCAUUUGUCAGAAACAGCUUUGGAGGUAGAGUGCUGAUGACAACUCGGAGAAAAGACGUGUCUUCUUUGGCAGCUGGCAACUAUAUCAUUGAACUUAAAACUCUAAAAUGUGCUGAAUCUUGGGAACUAUUCUGUAAAAAGGCGUUUCCUGCAUCAAAAGAUAACAUAUGUCCUGAAAAUCUUAGAUCUUGGGCUGAGAAAAUUGUUGCCAAGUGUCAAGGAUUGCCUCUGGCUAUCGUAACCAUUGGAAGUAUUCUGUCGUACCGUGAAUUAGAGGAACAGGAAUGGACAUUUUUCUACAACCAACUUAGCUGGCAAUUAGCUAACAAUCCAGAGCUCAAUUGGAUUUCUAAUGUUCUGAAUCUGAGCUUGAAUGAUCUCCCAAGCUAUCUGCGGAGCUGCUUUCUGUACUGCAGCCUCUAUCCUGAAGAUUACAAGAUUAAAAGAAAAGCGAUUUCCAAGCUAUGGAUCGCGGAAGGUCUUGUUGAAGAGAGAGGAGAUGGAACAACAAUGGAGGAAGUUGCUCAGUGUUACCUUACGGAACUCACUCAGCGCUCUCUUCUUCUAGUCACAGAAAGGAAUGCAUGUGGAAGGGCUAGAACAUUUCUGAUGCAUGAUCUUGUGCAAGAGGUAACCUCGAUCAUUGCUAAAAAGGAGAAGGUUGGUGUUUCAUAUGGCGAUGCUGGUAUAACCCAAGUUGCCCAUGAAGCCCGCCGCUUAAGCAUCCAAAAAGGUGCCCAGUCCUUAAAAUCUUUAGCAGGCUCAAGACUCCGCUCGUUCAUUUUGUUUGACACUGAAGUACCAUCGUCUUGGAUAUAUGAUGUUUUAUCACGUUUUAGACUACUGAGGGUCCUAUGCCUAAGAUUUUCCAAUAUUGAACAAGUGCCGGGCGUGGUCACAGAAUUGUAUAAUUUGCGUUAUCUAGAUUUUUCUUACACAAAAGUGAAGCAGAUACCAGCAUCAUUCAGAAAACUUGCUAAGCUACAAGUUUUGGAUCUGAGAUUCAGCUACGUGGAGGAAUUGCCACUUGAAAUAACUAUGCUAACCAAUUUACGGCAUUUACAUGUGCUUGUAAUCCAUGAUCUUCAAGAAAGAUCAUUGAAUUGCUUUGGUGCUACAAAAAUUCCUGGUAAUAUUUGUCAUUUAAAGAACCUGCAAGCUUUACAAAUUGUUUCGGCCAGUAAAGGUCUGGUUUCACAGCUGGGGAGCUUGACAUUGAUGAGAAGUUUGGCUAUAAACAAAGUGCGUCAAAGCUACAUUGAAGAGUUAUGGAACUCCCUGACAAAGAUGCCUAACCUGAGCAGGUUGGUUAUUUCUGCGUGUGAUAUGGAUGAGGUUCUUGACUUGAAAAUGCUAAAGCCCUUACCAAAUCUUAAGUUCUUCCGGCUGGCAGGAAAGUUGGAGGCAGGUGUGCUUCCAUCAAUAUUUUCUAAAUUUGAGAAAUUAGCAUGGUUAAAAAUGGACUGGUCUGGCCUGAAGAAGGAUCCUAUUAUCUCCUUCUCUCACAUGUUAAAUCUAGUCGAUCUGCGACUCUAUGGGGCAUAUGGUGGGGAACAGCUAAGUUUUUGUGUAGGAUGGUUCCCCAAGCUUGAGUUGCUGACAUUAGCUCACAUGGAACGUCUGAGUUGGAUUGAGAUAGAGGACGGAACAAUGAUGGGUCUAGAUCAUUUGGAACUAGUUGGUUUAGGGAAUCUAAAGGUUGUACCCGAGGGCAUCAAGCACAUUAGGACACUCCACCAGAUGUAUCUGAAAGAUAUGCCAAAUGGGUUCAUACAAAGCCUGCAAGGAAGUGGCAGUCACAUUGUUAAACAUAUACCUAGCAUCCAUAUGUUUGAAUCCUCUGAUUCUCAAGCAGUAAAUAACUUACAAUUUGUGCCAUAUCUUGCCAAGAAGUUCGGUCCUGGUGCGACUGAGCAUGCCCCUAUGUAUUGGGGCUCAUCUGGGACUUGACUGUUCGGUGUGAGCUUUCAGCAACAAAUAUGUAAUUCCUUUGUGGACCAAUCAUUUCAAGGGUGAACUAUAUGUGGUCCAUCUUGUUGCCAAAACUCUAGAGCUUAUUGUUUGUGUUGUGCAUGCCUCAUAUACGGGUUUCAAACCAAGCUACUGAAAUGGUUUGCUACUGUCAGUAAAGAUGGACUCAAGAAAAGUUCAGCA